AUGAAUAUAGCCCUUAGUCCAUUAAGAUCAUUAUUAGUUCAUCAAUCAUUGAUUUUAUCUGGAUUUUUUCCAAGACAUAUGAAUAAUGUUAAUAGACAUGUUUUAUAUAAAAACAAGUGUUGCUAUCUAUCUACUGUUUCAGAUAUCUUUGAUCAAACACUUGAUAAAGUACCAAAAGCUAAGAAAAAUAUGAUAAUUUAUAAAUCGCCAUGUAUCAAGACAUCAUUAAAAAAACUUACAAAGAUAUCUAGACAAAUUGCAGGAAAAAAACUAGAAGAUGCCAUUUUACAAAUGGAUUUCAGUAAAAAAAAAGCAGCAAGAGAGGUUGCUAAAACAUUAAAAAAUGCGCGUACAAGGGCUAUAAAUAGCAAGUUAGAUGAAAACACAUUAUUUAUUGAUCAAUCAUGGGUUGGAAAAGGUGUUUAUAUUAAGCAAUUAUGGUUUAGAGGAAGAGGAAGAAUGUCAAUACGAAGAAGGCCACGAACACACAUAAAAAUAAUUGUAAAAGACAUUGCUACAUUAAAACAACGAGAAAUAAAAGAAAAAAAAAGGAAAGAAUGUAAACCUGUAUGGGUACCUCUUCCGAACAAGCAAAUCUAUAAUAAAGCUAUUGGAUUUACAUGUUAAUACAAUAUAUUUAAGUUGUUAUGUGAUAUUAUUUUCCUAAAACAUCGUGACAAAAUCCUUCACUAAAUGAACUCAGUUGUGUAAAAAUUUUUUCAAAAUCUUCUAUUCCUCCCUAGAUUAAAUUUAAUUAAAAUAUAUAUAAAAAUUAUUCUUCUACAUAAUAAGGAUCAUAUACAAUCCUUUCCUCAUUCUUCAUUCCAUAGUCUCCAAAUAGUUUUACUAAUAUAUAUUAAAUGUAAAAAAAUAAAAAAUAUAGUAUAUACUUUUUGCAUGGCAAUUUUUAGGACGUUUAUAAUUAACAUCUUCUAAGUUUGAAAUAUCCAUCACAAGAAUAUAAUCAAAUUUCUGGAAAUCAUCCUUGCAUAAUUGUCUAGCUUGAAUCAGGUCUUGAACCAAUAUGAUAUGCUAUACAAGAAAAAUGUCAAAUAACAUAAAUAAAAUAUAUAAAUAUAAAACCAGAGGUUCCACAGCUAUCAAUUAAACCAAAUUUAUCUUGAAGAUUAUGUUUUGCAACAUAAUUUGCAAAAACA